CUCUUUUUAGUUUUUACUUUUCUUUUUUCUCCUCCAUCUCCAUCUACACUAAACCAACCAACCAACCAACCAGCCAAUCCAACAAUUUUUUCUUCUCACUGUUCGACCUGUCAACCUUUAGCCCACAAUCACAUACAUACAGAUUCACCCACUUCCUGUUUCUUUGUGAGGGCGGCUGUUUUGAAUCGGAUGCUAUUUUUGUGACGGACGACGGCGAAUGAUGGCGCGGUCUGGGUGGAAUCGUGGAAGAAGAUGAGAGCUGAGGAAGGGUCAGAGAGAGGGUGAAUAAAUAAAUAAACAAAAUUAAACUGCGAGAGAGAAUGAGAACGUUGUGUGAUGCUUGUGAGAGCGCUGCCGCCAUACUCUUCUGCGCCGCCGACGAGGCUGCUCUUUGCCGUGCUUGCGAUGAAAAAGUCCAUAUGUGUAACAAGCUUGCCAGUAGACACGUACGAGUUGGGCUUGCUGACCCCAGCAAAGUCCAACGUUGUGAUAUAUGCGAAAAUGCACCCGCUUUCUUUUACUGUGAGAUAGAUGGAAGUUCACUAUGUUUGCAAUGUGAUAUGAUGGUUCAUGUUGGAGGUAAAAGAACACAUGGAAGAUAUCUCCUUAUAAGACAGAGAAUUGAGUUUCCUGGGGAUAAAUCUGGCCAAUUAGAUGAGCCAGGACUACAACCUACCGAAAAAGCUGAACCAAGGCGGGAGCCAAAUCACCCAUUUAAGCUCAUGAUGAAAGAGAACAAACCAACUAACAGGGACGGUGCUGUUGCUAUGCUAGACAAAAAUGCUGAUGUUGGUAGCAAAAUGGAGAAUAAACUGAUUGAUCUCAAUACUAGACCUCAUAGAAUGCAUGGUCAAGCUUCUGCUAACCAGGAACCAGGAAUCGACGGGCUUAGUGAUAACAACCACGAGCCAGGCUGUGUAAUCCCUAUUGGACCCUUGAAAAGAGAGACAGAAAAGUGAUUUAGUUUGUUUUCUAGGGAAGGAAAGCGGGAUUAGAAGGGGAAAAGAGAUUGAAGGAUGAUAAGUGAUAUAGUACAUGCUGCUACAUUUGGAUUUGAAAAUGUACCAAGACAUUUGGAUUAGAAAUCAUUUUGCUGCCACCUUAUUCCCGCAAAUAAUUGAUGAAUGGGUAAUUCUGAAUUAAAACUUAUUAACAGCAACAGGUAGAAAAUUUCCACAAGCUCAAGAAAUCAAUCAAUCAAUCUAUCUUAACAGGGUCUUUUGAUCCGAUUCUUGUUGAGUUGCUGAAUUAGAAUUUACUCCCUUAGUUAAGAUUAAGAGCUUUGCAGGUGGUGGUAUUAUUGCAUGGUAUACAGCCUUGAGAUUGAUUGAUUGUAGUUGUACACUCUUGUCCACAGUACUAUGUGCUCUACUAAUUCAAAAUACAUGUAAAUCUUUGCUUGAAUGCUUUUCAUUUUC